UAGGCCGCCAAGGCGGGGCGUCCCGGGGCCUCCCGUGUAGAAGCGGAAGCGGAAGCGGAAGCGAGAUGCAGGUGGCGGACCAUCAGCACGUGCCCAUCGACAUCCAAACCAGCAAGCUGCUCGACUGGCUGGUGGACAGAAGGCACUGCAACCUGAAAUGGCAGAGUCUGGUGCUGACGAUCCGAGAGAAGAUCAACGCGGCCAUCCAGGACAUGCCGGAGAACGAAGAGAUCGCCCGGCUGCUCUCGGGCUCGUACAUUCACUACUUCCACUGCCUGAGGAUCGUGGACCUUCUCAAGGGCACCGAGGCCUCCACGAAGAAUAUUUUUGGCCGAUACUCUUCACAGCGAAUGAAGGACUGGCAGGAGAUCAUUGCCCUGUAUGAGAAGGACAACACCUACCUAGUGGAGCUGGCGAGCCUUCUGGUGCGGAACGUCAACUAUGAGAUCCCCUCACUGAAGAAACAGAUCGCCAGGUGCCAGCAGCUGCAGCAGGAGUACAGCCGCAAGGAGGAGGAGGGCCAGGCGGGGGCCGCGGAGCAGCGCGAGCAGUUCUUCCACUCCUGCAAGCAGUACGGCAUCACGGGAGACAACGUCCGGAGAGAGCUGCUGGCCCUGGUGAAGGACCUGCCGAGUCAGCUGGCAGACGCUGGGGCAGCGGCCCGGGGCCUGGGCGAGGCCAUCGACUUGUACCAGGCCUGCGUGGGCUUUGUGUGUGAGAGCCCCACAGAGCAGGAGCUGCCAAUGCUGAGAUACGUGCAGACUCGAGGCAACUCAACCGUGUACGAAUGGCGGACGGGGACCGAGCCCUCCGUGGUCGAGCGGCCCCACCUGGAGGCACCUCCGGAACAGGUGGCAGAAGAUGCGAUUGACUGGGGUGACUUUGGGGCAGAGGCCACUCCCAAAGGCACCGACUUUGGCAUCCCUGCCGAGGCCGCUGGCAUUGACUGGGGCAUCUCACUAGACGCAGACACAAAGGAAGCUGAGAGCGGUGGGAUCGACUGGGGCGAAGAUGCUGCUCUGGAGAUCACAGUGCUGGAAGCCGGAAUGGAGGCUCCAGAAGGUGUUGCCCGGGGCUCUGAUGCCCUGACUCUCCUCGAGUACCCCGAGACCCGGAAUCAGUUCAUCGAUGAGCUCAUGGAGCUCGAGCUCUUCCUGUCCCAGAGAGCAGCAGAGAUGAGCGAGGAGGCGGACAUCCUGUCGGUGAGCCAGUUCCAGCUGGCUCCUGCCAUCCUGCAGGGCCAGACCAAGGACAAGAUGGUUUCCAUGGUGUCCGUGCUGCAGGAUCUGAUUGGCCGCCUCACCAGUGUUCGAAUGCAGCACCUGUUUAUGAUCCUAGCCUCGCCCAGGUAUGUGGACCGGGUGACAGAGCUGCUCCAGCAGAAGCUGAAGCAGUCCCAGCUGCUGUCCCUGAAGAAGGAGCUGAUGGUGCAGAAGCAGCAGGAAGCGCUCCAGGAGCGGGCUGCCCUGGAGCCCAAGCUGGACCUACUGCUCGAGAAGACCAGGGAGCUGCAGAAGCUGAUCGAAGCGGACAUCUCCAGGAGGUACGGCGGCCGCCCCGUGAACCUGAUGGGCACCUCUCUCUGACGCCCGCUCCUCCCGCCGCUGCUGCCAGCCCGCCGGUCUUCCCAGCCUCCUCGGGGUGACCAGAUGUGGCGGGGCCCUUCCUGGCACGAGACGGGGCUGACGAGGGUGCAGAGCCCUGUGAAAGGACAGUCGUCCCCCAGGAGGAGGAUGGGGAGGCUUGUCGCCUCAGCACUCACUGGGACAAGCUGUCUUGAAACCACCCCGAAACUAGUCAGGCCUAAUAAAGAGGCGGCUGGCGCCACCGCUGACCCUGA